CUCUUGGCCAGUGGUGGCAUUAGGAUCAGAAAGAGGACCACUAGCUCAUAUGGAGGACGAAAACAUCCCCAAAAUGGAGGGCGCAGUGCCCGAGGUCGCAGAUGAGGCCGGCUCAACUGUUUCUUCCUCUUCGGGCAGUAUCACGGUCUUUGGGGAUCAUGAUCCGACGAACCCGGUCAACUUUUCACGGUGGCGCAAAUUCCAUGUCAUCGCCGUCGGCAUCCUCUUCACCUUUAACAGCACAUUCGGUUCCUCAAUUGCAUCGGGCGCCCAGACCGAAAUAAAAGCCUACUUCAAUGUCACCUCCGAACCGAUGCUAGUCCUGUUGACAUCGCUAUACAUGGUCGGCUUCACCGUAGGACCGCUAGUUUUCGGCCCACUUAGCGAGCAUCUGGGCCGACGAACGGUCCUUCGGGGCACCUACAUCGGUUACACAGCCUUCACCCUAGGCUGUGCACUGGCACCCACAUUCCCCGGCCUGCUUGUCUUCCGCCUGCUGAGCGGACUUAAUGCCGCAGCCCCGAAUGCCAUCACGGGCGGUCUCUAUGCCGAUGUCUUCAACCAUCCCGAUCAACGCGGCAAAGCCAUGUCCAUCUUCAUGGCUAUGACUGUCCUAGGCCCCGAGCUGGGGCCCGUCAUUUCCAACUACGUAUCCGAAGUCUCUUGGCGCUGGGCCUUCUGGGUGGCCUUGAUUGUCGCUGGGGCUGGAAUGCCCGUCAUAUUCUUGAUGCCCGAAACCUACGCCCCCGUUCUUCUGCAGAAAAAAGCACUCAAGAAUCGUGGUCUAACGCGCAUCACCACAAUUGAGAAAGUCUCGCUACAGAAGGCGAAGCGUGCUGAGCUGCUGCGUGUGUUCAGUCGGCCGUUUAUGAUGCUCCUUCGUGAGCCUAUCCUUCUUUUCUCCUCUCUGUAUAUGGCUUUGAUUUAUGCCCUACUGUACCUGUUCUUCCAGGCGUAUCCGAUUGUAUUCCGACAAUUCUACGGUCUCUCCGUCGGCCUAUCCGGUUUGGCAUUCGUACCCAUGAUAAUCGGCUCCUUUCUCGCCUUCUCCAUCUUCCUAGCCUACAGCUCCUUCCACAGCAAAGCCAUAGCAGCCAAAAAGUCCUGGGCAAUGCAAGAAGAAUACCGUCGAUUACCACUCGCCGCCGUGGGCGCUCCCCUAAUCACAAUCGGCCUCUUCUGGCUCGCCUGGAUGCCCAAACACGGCAUCUCCCCCAUCGCAGCCAUGAUCGCCGGAAUCUGGUUCGGUACCGGCUACCUGCUUAUCUUCAUCGCCAUGCUAAACUACCUCACCGACGCAUACAAAAGCAAUUCAGCGUCUGCCCAAGCCGCCGCCAGUACGAUGCGAUCCGCCGCUGCCGUGGGCUUGCCGUUAGCUGCGACGCCCAUGUACGAUCAUCUGGGUAUACAUUGGGCGAGCUCGUUGCUGGGGUUCGUGUCGCUAGCGUUGGCGAUGAUCCCGUUUGCGUUCAUUAAAUGGGGUGGGUUGAUGCGCGCGCGGAGUCCGUUUUGUGCGACUAUGGCGGGGACGUAAUCUUGGAAGGAAGGGAUGGGGGAGAUAAGUCUAUGAAUUGGUGCUGGUUUGAGGGUUUGGGUUUAAGAUAUGCUGUUCGCCUCUGAUACUAUAUAGAAUAGUUCCAGCUACGGCUAC